AUGGACCCUGUGAUCCCACCGGGCCCCGGCUCCAGGACCGGGACCAGGACCAGGACCAGGAUGGAGCCCAGAACCUCAGCCAGCAGGCGCAUGCUUGCUGUGAUGCUGCUGGUGACCGGCAUGCUGGUUUCCAUGGUGACAUCGAGCUCACCCGCUGCAGGUGAGCUGAGAUCUCAAAGGGAGAGUCCUCAAGUGUUCAAAGGAGAGGUCAGGGUCAAGGUUCUAGCUAAUCCUCAGUCUGACACUGUGGAUCUGAGGAUCUGAGGAUCUCUGGGUAAUGUAGGAUCAGAGGGUUGGUCUACAGGUUCUUCCACCUCCAUUUUAUUUCUUAAUAAAAACAGCAAAAACUUCAACGGUAAGCCCUCCAAUGUUCAGCCAAUCACAGUGUGAAGCUCCAUCAUUGGAAUCUACAGUCUCUUAUACUGUAUCAAGUUCCUGGCAGGUGCAGGAUCUGACCACCUGGGCACACCUGGAACCUACAAUAAAACUGUGAGCUUAUGCUGCGUUCCAGUUGUACUCAGAAGUCGGGAUUUCCAAGCUCCGAGGUUGGAAAUUCAUCUGGAACGCCCCCCUGAAGUCAGAUUUCUAACUCGGGGAGUCAGACGAUCCUCACCAACCCCAACUUGACGACAACGUCAUUAUUCAAGAUGGCAGCGCAAUGCAUUAACAGUAAAGAGUAACAGUGAAAGCUCUCCUGGUGUAUUAUAAGAUAGCACUUCUGUUUUGUUUUUGAGAAAUUUAAAAAGUGGUUUACGUUGUACUGCACAACGACUAACUAUAAACAGGAAGCUAUGGUGUUUGUAAGAGUAAAAUACUGUCUUAUGCGUUGUUUAAAACUGGUAAAGCUAACAACGGCUAACGACAGCUGACAAUUGUUCACAACAGCUAACAGUAGACUUCCUUCUUGAGGGUUUACUGGAACGCUGUCACUCGGGUGUAACGUCAUUUCCAGCUCCAACAUCUGAUUUCCGAGGUAACUGGAACGCAGCAUUAGCCCCGCCCCGCUUUCCUCUAACAACAUCAUGUCCUCCUGCAGCCUGCCAUAUCUGUCAGUCAAAUUCAGGUCUCAGUGGUGAUCUAAUCUGACACAGUGACCGCCAUAACAGACAGGUCAUAUCGUGACCUCAGUGUGAACCUCAGAGCGUCCACUUACUUUUGGACACAGAGUGUCUCUCCUGGACAGUUGGACUAAAACUGUUCGUCUUCUCAUAGAUAUUUAUUUUCUUCAGUUUCACAAUCUAAAGGGGGCUACUGUGUCACUGACCUUUGACCUCAGAGUUAUCUGGAUGAACAGGAAUGUCCUUAUAAGGAUGUGUGAUGUCUUUAAGUGAGACAGGAAUAAAUCUGAGUCUCCAUCCUCCCACUGACACUGAAUCACACGUAUAUACACUCACGCACACACACGCAAACACACACUGUUAUCUUAGCGAGGAUCAUGGUGUUUAUUCUGAGCGGAGUGAAACAGAGCAAACAGCAGCAUGUUACUGAAAAAAAGAUGAUGAGUACACUGAUCUGAUUAAAUACAUCUGAUUUAUGACAUUAUAUCAAACAAAGAGGUGAAGCUUGGAAAAGUGUAAUCAGAGACCAUCAGACAGAGGAAACGGUGGAGGUCUGUUUCACAUCGAUCAGCCUGUUUUAAUUAAUGUCCCGGUUUUUAUUUUGAAAGAGUCUUUUGUCCUUGCUUUAUUCUGAAAGAGGAAAGAAGGAGGGAAGGAGGACGAGGAAAGAAGGAAUCAUUUCAGGAUUAUUCCUCACUUCCAUCUAACACGACUUUAGACUGGGCAUGCUCAAAAGCUUUUAACACUGCAUGACAGAACCUGCAUCCAAAUGGACUUAAAAGAUUUUGUGGCUCAUACUGAUCCUUUUUUUUCUUGUCUAGAUCUUUGUUUGAGUUGUUCUAUCUAUCUAUCUAUCGAUCUAUCUAUCUAUCUAUCCAUCUAUCUAUCUACCUAUCUAUCUAUCUAUCUAUCUAUCCUUUCUCUCUUCCUCUCUCUCACCCUUUCUUUGAGGGCGUCUCCUCUUGGAUGCUGAUGAUUCGUUUCUGUUCGGCACGUGACGCUGCCGCAAAGCACUGCGUCACCACGGCAACCGGGCACCAGAUGAGAGAAAGCGAGAGAGAGAGCGAGAGAGAGAGAGGGAGAAAGAGAGAAAAUGUUAGACAUGACACAAAGACAAACAGGUUCAGAUGUACCGCAGGGGAAAAACAGGCUGUUGUAAUAAAUAUAGCACUAAACGGAGCAGCAAGAGAAUUUAAAUGCUUAUAAAAUUUAAUCUAGAUACAGGAACAGGAAAAAAUAAUGUUUUUUAAUCAAUUUUAUAUGAAAACACAUUUAUACUUACAGAUAAAUCUCUUGAAGCUCAUCUUAAAUUCCUUGUUUUUUCCUCUGAAUCUGAUGGUUCAGUAAAUUUCCCACUCUUAGCUGUAUGAUUGAUACCAUGUCCUCAGAUCUGUUAGCAUAGCAUAGCAUAGAAUAGAAUAGAAUAGAAUAAAACAUCUUCACUGUCAGUGCACCAGAUUCAGCGAAGUCUUUGUCUGCUGCUCUCAGUUGUGCAGCAUUAAUAGCUACAGAGAAAGAGGAAACAAUGAUGCAACACAGUAAUAAAUAGAUAUGAGGAUAUAUUUGAAUAAAAACAGGAAAACAGCAGCAUAACAUAAAGACUGAGAACAGAAGGGAACAGCUGUGCUUUUCAGUCUAAGGGUAACAUCAGCAACUCACUGAUGAACAGGCCACAUUUAUGAGUUUCCCUCUCCUGUGCACACCAAGUAAUCAAUAAUCAAUCAAAACUGAAUGUUAAAGCAGCGUGACUCCCCUGUAGAUGAGGGAACAACUCCCCGGUGAACCCUGAGCAAAAGUCAGGACUAUCAUGCUGUGUGUCAGAGACUCUCACUUAGAUCAGGACGAUCAGGUGUUUCAGGAAAACUUAAGUGUAUCAAUAUAAACAUGUUGGUAAAAAUAUUUUGUGUUUAUCAGGUUUUUUUAUUCGUCACAACUUUCACAUUUGUGAGGUUUUCAGGUCUGUCAGAACUUUAAUGUUCAUCAGGACUCUCAUGUUUCAAGAAAGUCAUGCUUGUCAGGACUCAAGUGUCAGUGAGCUCUCCGUGUCUGUAGGACUUUCUUGAUUGCAAAAGUCCAUGUUUGUCAGGACUCUGACUUUUGCCAAGACUCUACUGAUUGGAAAAACUAAUGUUUGUCAGGACUGCAGCUUGUCAGGACUCUGGGGCUUGUGCUGCGUUCCAGUUACUUCAGAAGUCAGAUGUCGGAGCUGGGAAUGACAUUAAACCAGAGUUGACUACGUUCCAGUUAACAACUCGGAAAACCAAGAUGGACGCCUACAGUUACCCUUUGUUAGCCAUGGUUUACAAUUGUCAGCUGUUGUCAGCCUUUGUUAGCUGUUGUCAGAGGUUGUUAGUUGUUGUUAGCGAUACCAAUUGUAAACAACGAACAACGCAGUAUUUUACUCUUCGGAACACCUUAGCACCGUGUUCACAGUUAGACGUUGGGCAGUACAACAUAAACCACUUUGUUAAUUUCACAAAAACAAAACGGAAGUGGUAAUAAAUAAUACAUUACGAGAGCUUUUGCUAUUACUCUUUACUGUUGAUGUGCUGUGCUGCCAUCUUGAAUUAUGACGUUGUCGUCAAGUCGCGGUUGGCGAGGAUCGUUCAACUUUUCGAGUCAGAAAUCUGACUUCCGAGGGGGGCGUUCCUGAUGAAUCUCCGACUCGUAGCUCGGAAAUCCCGACUUCCAAGUACAACUGGAACGUAGCAUCACAGCCUGGUGAUUUAACCCCCUCUUUGUCUUUUUUCAGGUUUGCUGGACGUCAACAGGACAAAAGAGUCUUUGUCACGUUCUUCAUCAUCUCAACCUUCCUCCUCUUCCAUCUCCUCUCCUCCUUCCCGACCAUUGGCUCCUAGUGUGCCCUCAGACUCUGGUUACCAUGGUAACAUCGGCGGGGCAGGCUCGGCCGAGGACUCGGACUCUGGUGCUCAGGGGAUUCACCUCCUGCUGAGACCCCCAGACCUCUUGUCCCCCAGCCUCCCUCCACCUCUCCCUCCACACACUCAGCCUACCCUCACCCCUCCUCCUCCAUGGGAGCAGGGCCCCUCUUUGGAAGAGGCAUGGGGCUCUGGAGACUACCUGGAGACUCUUUCCUUUAUGGUGCCUGAUGGGGAGGAGCUGGCCCUGGCCACACCCCUGCCCAACCACCCCUAUGAUGAGGAUGACGGGGGAGACUGGGUCUCCUAUGACACCACCUUCCCUGCUCGUCCCACACUCCCUCUCUCCUCCCGCCUUCCCCUCUCACCCUCUUCCUCCACCCCUGGAAUCCCCAUGCACACUCGCCCGACACAUCCAGAUGUCUUCCCCACCUGGGACGAGGACUAUGACCUGGAGGACAUGGUGCCUCUGGAGCCAACAGAGCUGCUUCUGCCAGACAUGAACAGCCUGGAGUACUACACCAAUCUGCUCGCCCGGGAGAGGGAGAGAGAGAGGGAGAGGGAGAGGGAGAGGGAGAGGGAGAGGGAGAGAGAAAGGGAGAGAGAAAGGGAGAGGGACCGGGUCAACCAGACAGUGUUCAAACCCCCUAUCAUCCCCACGGUAACCCAAACCCCAAGUGUCCUUCCGACUCCGCACCCAAGCUCUGGUCCUCCUCAGGAGCCAAAGCGCCCUGAGAUGUGGCCCACCCCUCCCCUCACCCUCUCACCCACACUCACAGUUGAGGAGAAGCCACGCCCACCAUCAACCACACUGAGGACUCCCUCUGCACCUUCCCCUCCUGCACCAAAACCCAAAGACCACACCCCGACCCCAGGUAGACACCCUUUGCGUCCACCUUCAAACACCACCAGUCGGGUGCCUCCACCUCCCCCUCUAGGACCCCCGACCCGCCCCGACAGACCGGAGAGGCCUCCAGUAAUUGUAGAGAAGCCAGGAAUGACUCCACCCACCCGGACAACCACCAAAGCCACCACCACCCAGAUCACUGCCAUCAGCCUCACCAGAGCGCCCCCAGUCACCACACCUAAAGUGGCCCAGACUCCGCCCACCAGGCAGUACUUGUGUAACGUCACCAGGCCUGAGUUGUACCUGGUCAGAGUAGGUGAGGCUGGAUGGUCAUGUGACAGGAACAGGAAGUGCUAGUGUUUGGCAGUCAGCUGAUCUAUGUCUGUUUGUGUCCUGCAGUCAGUUCCAGAGGUUCACCUGCAGGGUUCAGUCAGGUGAGAGACCUCCUGAAGAGAGAGUUCAACCGCUCAGUGGAGCUACAGGUAGACACACCUUUACACACCUUAACACACCUUUUCACACUUGUACCUUGACACAGCUCACUGUAAGAUGUUACAUUGUGAAAUGAUGACCUUAAAUCACUUUAACAUGUUAUGAGUCACAUUUGAAGGUUCACUUGAAGGCAUGGUUGACGAUCUGAGAAGCAGUUGAAAAAACUGAGCCGUUGAGGCAGAUUUGAAAAAAGCGUCCCACCCCCCACACACAAACCUCUCCCCUCUGUGCUCCACGAUAACUGCCCUCUGAACCUGUAUCGCCCUCCCCAUGACACACCCCCUCUGGCAGAGCAAGAAGCCGGCCGGCAGAAGAUCCUAGGCUAGCUUCAAAUAGGAUACACCAUGUCGGAUUGCUGGUGACUAGCAGCAAUAAACGCCAGCUCUGCUAGCGAGCACUGUCUACAGCUGCCUGGACAGCUACCGUAUUGAUAUAGCUUGAUGCUUGAAGGAUGACCCAAUCUUUAUCCGAGUUAGAUUCCUCCCUUGGUCACAUUUCCUCUCCGUCUCCGCCCUUUCUUCUGUUGGCUUGCGUUUUCUUGGCACUAUUGACGGUGGGGCAAGCAGAAGUGUCUUUUUCCAUCCUUCUCCAUCACAGCUCCUGUAGCUAUGCUGCUAUGCCACUCAGAGCUCCCAGGAGGGCCGGGAGAGUGGGAGGGGACAAGUCAGAACAAAGGGAGAGGGGUGUGUCGAAUACAGCGAGGUGAUUGGAUGGAGAGGCGGAGCAGGAGAUUGACCAAUAAGAGCUGUCCGGGAUGGAUGGCUCCCAUUGGACAAUGUUUUGGCAGCCCAGCCAACAGAUUUUUUAAAUCCUUAUUUCUCUUCACUUUGUGGAGAUCGCACUAUAGGAGCAUGAUCGCCAUAUAAAUGAGGUUCAUGAUAAUUACCAAUCUCUUCGAUCUUCAACCAUGCCCUUAAGACCCAUCUUGAUGAUGUCAUGUGAUUGACAGCUUUUUGUCACCUGUCUGUCUCCUCAUCAGUUCCUGAGAACGCCGUCCAGUUUUGCCUUUCGUGUCGUGUCAGGACCUCUGAUCUACACUGCCAUGUCUGUCAUCAAUGCCCUCCGCACACCACCGCGCGGCACCGGCCCAAUCCCCACCGUGUCUCCUCUUUACACCAUACCUGACCUCAGGUACCAGGUGCACUCCGUGCUGCAGUUUGUCCCCGCCCAUGUCGACGUCAGAAUCUGUAACUUUAGCGAGCGGGUGGAAAGAGGCCUGAUGAUGGCAUACAUCGAGACUCGGAAACGGUCACAUGAGAUGGGGAAUAUCAGCGUACAGGUGAGUCUUCUUCCUGUUUAUAUUUUGAAUGAGGUCAUCCUCCACAAAACAUGAAAACAUCUAAAGGUACAAUAACUGAACUCAGUCAGCGUUCAGAUCCAGAAGUCUCCUGUGUUCAUCUGCUGCAGCUGUUAAACGUCACCAUGAGUGUGACCCACGCUAACACAGAGAAGAAGGUUCCAGUCGAUGUCACCUUUGCAGUGCGGGAUGGGCGGGACUAUCUUCUGGGGUCAGAGGUCAGCGAACACCUGAGGAAGCUUAGCCUGGUGGAGUUCAGCUUCUACGUGGGAUUUCCUGCCAUACAGAUAGCAGAACGUACGCUGCACACACGCACACACACACGCACACACACACGCACACACACAGUUAUAAUGGCAUUGUGACUCUGUUCUGAGAGCUCUCUGUCCUUCAAGAUGACCUGCCUGAACUAGCACCAUGCUUACUUCCAUAAACUUAUGCUAAAUAUAUAAAUAAAUAGGUCUCAUCUGUAACAUGUGUUUGUAUUUGUCUUCACAGCAUUUCACUACCCUGAGCUGAACACGUCUCAUCACCUACGCUCCACCUGGGUCCGUACAGGUGAGAACACGUCCACUCUGUUUUUUAUUGCUAAAUGUGACCAUCUGUGAAUCAAUCAAUUCAACCACCGGAGAUUACUCUAUGUUUGUGUGUGUACACAGUCCUGUUAGGGGUUCAGGAGCAGCUGGUGGCUGAGAGAAGUUUCAAAGCUCGUCUGGAGAGACGUCUGGCUCUGCUGCUAGAGGAAGGUCUGCAGGGAGCCGGCAGGAGGCGCUGGAGGAGAGCUACAGCUGUUGGAAACAACAGUCUGCAGGUACGCACAAACACAGACACACACAUAGCACUGUUGGUGGAUACAUGCACGUGUCAUACAUGCACGUCAUACAGGUGAAUAAAAACAACAUGCGGGUAAAUAAACACACAGGUAUAUUUGGUGUUUUAAUUGGAAGUAGUGCAGAAACAACAUCAAAUUAUAUUGUGUCAUGAUGUUGCAAAGGUUUUCAGGCCAGUUUAGCAGCAGGACUCUUCUACUACAGAGCCAUGCUGUUGUAAUCUCUGCAGAAUGUGGUUUAUCAUUGUCUUUGUCUGGCUGGCAUAUGAAGACAGUUGGCAAUUCUGUUUAUAAUCAACAUUUUGGAAAUGGGGUUGUUGUUGAGAGAACUUCAUGUCACUGUUUUAUUCUGUCUGGUUCCUCACUCUGGACUGUGAAAUUGUUGUGUCUCAGGUGGUCAGAGUGUCGAGGAUGUCUGGUCCAGAGCGCCUCCUUGAGGUCUUUUAUUUCGUGGAGGGUCCAGGUGGCGAGCGUAUUCCUGCAGAGGUCACAGCAGCCACCUUGAACCGUGUAGAUCUUCAGAGAGCCGCCAUCGUGCUUGGACAUCGUGUUCAGAGACCGCUCGCCCAACGUGAGUCCAGACCUCAAUCCACACUGACCCACACAAAGCACCCCCCCACUAUUCACUUAUGUCACCUUACCUGUCUUAUCUGUCCAUCUGCAGCGGUGGAGACCCUGUCCGUCCCCCCUGCAGAGACUCAGAGCAGCAGUAUCUGGCUGAUUGUUGGCGUGGUUGUCCCUGUCCUUCUGGCUGUCUUCAUCAUCAUCAUCCUCUACUGGAAGCUGUGCGGCUCAGAGAAGCUGGAAUUCCAGCCAGACGCCAUCAACACCAUCCAGCAGAGGCAGAAGGUUAGAGGUUAACAGGAAGUGUGUUGUAUGUCCUGUUGUUGAGGUUUUGACAGCUGACCUGUGUCCUCUCUCAGCUUCAGGCUCCCAGCGUGAAAGGCUUCGACUUCGCCAAGCUCCACCUCGGUCAGCACAGCAAAGACGACAUCAUGGUGAUCCAGGAGCCCGGCCCAUUGCCUGCCCCCGUCAAAGAGGCCACGCCCUCUGAUGGCGGGGACCUCAACACCCCCAAAUCUAAAGGCUCGUCCACCAAGGCAGUACGGUCCAGCCGCCGCAGGGGCAGGUAGGGCUCCCACCUGAAGAUCCCACUUUCCGUUUCAGUAUCUGUUCAGUUUUUUCUGUUAAGAUUUGUACUCUUUGUGUUUACAUUGUUUUUUAUUCUGUUGCCUCCAAACAGUAAAUCUUUUCUAUGUAUGCAUGAGCCAAUUCUGUAAAGUAUCAGACUCUAGGGUGCCUCUGUUGACUUAGCCGUCUUAGUGCCCACCCCAUGUGAGAGAUAAGAAUGAUAUCUGGAUCCAGUAGACAUGAACCUUCUGCACCUUUCUUUUCUAAAUACUCAAUCUUACCAAUUGACAAACUCAGUGUCUAUCACUCUCAACAAGACCUUCCUGACUCCCUCUGAAACGUUUUUACCUUUUCAUCUGGCCUUCACCCGUACUCAACAGGACAAAAUGGUCAUCUUAAGUUUCCUUUCUGUCGAACUUCUUGUCACUUGUCACUUUUAGAGGACCGGAACAUUGGAAUGAUCUGGAUGUAUCUUAAACACGUCAUUAUCUGUUAUGUUCAUAUUUCUUUUCUUUUUAUGUAUACUUAUAUCAUCUCCAUCUCUGGUUGGGCUGGUUAAUGAUUAGUCUAUGUCCUAUUUAUGACAAUUUCAUAUCUUUUGACCUUUCCCUACUCAUAUAUAUUUAUAACCUGUCUAUGUCCUAAUUACUUGGUUGUUUGUACCCUACGCCUUCACUGCCCUGACAGGAGUGGAACUCUGUAUAAACCUCUCGACUUCAUUCCCUCCUUGCACUGUUUUUUAAUCUGUGCUAAAUAAAUAAAUAGAAAAAUAAAAUAGAAAAAAUGUACAGAGGCUAUAGUCCUUGCUGCAGUAAUGACUAAUUUGACUCGUUGCUUCAUUUCUUUCACACUCUCUACUCCUCACACUUCCCAUCUCUCCUCAGCUGUCCUAUCUGACAAAAACAAAAACACCCUAAAAUAAAAUUCUAAAAAUAGGACCAAAAAAAAAAAGGAUCAGAAAUGACCACGACUUUCCAAACUUUGAAAUCAACCUGAUUAUCUGAAUUCAGGCUCAGCCCCUCAGACGGUGACUCGAUGGGAAGCGACCAAUCGAGUGGUAGAGAAUCAGCAGAAGAAAGCACCCGACCCGUGGCCACGCCCAGUGAGGGUAAACAGCACAGGAAGACACCCAAAAAUGGUGAGAGAUGCUUUGACGUCAUCACCUGGACUUAUUGGUCGAUUAUAUGUGUGUUUCUGUGAAACAGUUGUACUCUAAACACUGCUGUUUUCUUUUCCCUGAUCCUGGACUGAAGGGAGGAGCAAGAUGGGUGAGUUUACACAUUCAAAAUAUUUAUUUAAUCAAUAUUUUGUUUUGAUUUCUGAUGAAGCCAUGUUGUCAGGCUGGUGCAGAAUCAGCCUGUGUGUUGUGGGCAGAGCUUGACCUUUAUCAGAUGCACAUACUCAUUAUGUGACCUUAUUUAACCUCUGACCUCUGUCAGGGAGCGGUCCGGAUGAGCUUCUCUCCUCGUCCUCUAUCUUUGACCAUGUUGAUCGGUUGUCUCGUGGCUCAUCCGAUGGCACUCGUCGCCAGGCCAACAAGGUGCAGCUGAUCGCCAUGCAGCCCCGACCAAGCCCCCCUCACGUGCCUCCACAGCAAAGCCCCACCCUCACGGAGAAGGUGAACACUGAGGUGAGCGGCCACGACAAACAAACAAACAAACACUCCUCACUACUAGUCUCAUUCCUGUCUGACAUCAUCAAACACUCACCUGCAGGUGGCGCUGAGACACAAAUCAGAGAUUGAGCACCACAGGAACAAACUCCGACAGCGUGCGAAGAGGCGGGGCCAAUGCGAGUUUCCCUCUAUGGAUGACAUCAUGGAUGCGUUUGGUGACGGACCAGUACAGAGUGAGGUGGCACAGCGUCUCUAUAGCUCCGCCCACGACCAUAUGGACUGCAUCCUGCAGGCAGAAGCCGCCUCACCUCCCACCCCCACUGACUCCAGGAAGAGGUCAGAGUCAAACAUCUUAAGUGGUCUACCAUCUUCUCUAACACCUUGUUUGACCUUUUUUUUCUUUCCUAUUGAAGAAGUCAAAGUCUGUCAUCAUCAUACAGAUUAACAUCAGACACUCUGAGUCACAAUUUAUCUUAGUUUACAGAAGAAUUAUUGCAAGAAGCACUCGAUACCUUCAACAUUGUUGGCCACUGACAUGAUUAAACACCUGGAGAUCAGGAUGAAUUAUGACCCUUUCUGCAUCUCAUACAUUCAACAUCAGAAUCACCAUGGAAUACAGCGUCUUUAAUUAUGUCUCGGUCUGUUCAGAGGGAGGCGCUCUCCUCGAAGUCGACGAACUCAGCAAGGACCUGGAAGUCUCCCUGACACAGACAGAGACCGACUCCUCACGGAUCAGAGUGCCACCUACAGGAAAUACCCAGGACUCAACAACGUAGCCUACAUGGUGAGACGCCGAUUGUUGUUCCUCUAAAAACCCUCAAGGUGAAUAGGGGCUGUAAGAAGACGAAUAAUGUAAGAAAUGUUGAACUUAAAAUAUGUUCAAGAGAAUAAAGUUCAAGUCAAAGAAACAGUUUUUUUAAUUUCAAAGGCAAUGCCAAUGCCAUAUAAAACUUGUCAAAAUAAACAUGACUUGGUUAUGAUAAAAAAACUGAAUUGGGAACAGGACUGGUCAGUAAUAGUCUAUAUAAAAGCUGCUAAAUCAUUGUAAACUAGAGGACCCAGUACAGACCCCUGUGGAACACCCUCUCGUUAAAAAGUGUCAUCGAAGGAUUCAAUGUGACUCAAAACUCUUUUUUUCUCUCACAGUCGGAUCCAGAUCUACCCCCUGACCAUGGCAGCCCCUCCCCAACUGAUGAGGUGUUUGACCCCGCCCCGCCUCCGCCCCCUUACAUGCCCCCUCAGCCCUCCAUUGAGGAGGCACGGCAGCAGAUGCACUCCCUUCUGGAUGAUGCCUUUGCCCUGGUGUCGCCGUCCUCGCAGGGCAGCGCCGGGGUGAGCGGGGUAAGCCCUGCCCUGCCUAGCCCUUCCCCCCAGUCCCGCCCUCCUGGCAGGCAGUGGGGCUCUUACCCAGCAGCCCCCUCUCACAGCCCUUUUUCUGCAGUGAGUGUGUCGACCUGCAGCUGAGGCCUUUUCUUUUACCGUUAAGUUUUAUUCAAGUUUUGUUUCUUGUCUUUCUGCAGAGAUACGCAGAGUUGGGGAUGUCUCCUACAUCAGUCCAAAGCCUGCUGCAGAGGUCAGAGUCAGAACUUUUAAACCAGGUUCCUAUAUGUAGUCUGGACCAGAACCAGCACUGACUCUCUGUGUGAUCUAUUCAGGCAGGGCCUGAGCUCAGGAGGGUAUGUGUCCACUGGAGACCAGCUUCAGGAUUCUGUCUACUCCAGCAGAGCGCAGUAUGAGGAUCCCCCCUCUUCAUCCAGACCUCGACCUGUAGGGGGCAGCACAGGUACAGACAGACUUUAGUGGUAUUUUGUCGCGGUGGUUUCAGUUUUCGAUUUUGUGGUAGCCAGCUUACUGCUCUUGUUUUGAUCACCCUUGUUGACUGAAUUUCCUGACUUCCAGGGGCUCAGCUCCACCACUUGACCCAGGUGGGUUUGUCAAGUCAGAUCGGUGCAUACCCAGGGGUGGGUCGCAGCAUGUCAGGUCCAACUGGCUCCAGCUGGAAUCAACAGCACUCAGACCAGGACCUGGUCAGACCAGGAGCCAGCAGAGAAAGUGUGAGUCCUUCGUGAGGAGAAACGAUAUUGUGAUAGCUAAUAGCUAUUGACUGAUACUAAAAGCUUUUUUGUAUUUACACCACAAAAAAAGAUGCCUCUUUAACAGAUUCCUGCCUACCCGACCUUGAAACUAUGUGCUUCUUUCCAUCCAUCAGUGUAUAGUAACGUCUGUGGUAGAUUUGGCACAGGUCAUACCAGUCCAGACCCGAGUCAGUUUAUGUCAUCUGUUCUCUCCAGACCUCACCUGUCUAAUGUUCAGACCAGAUCAACCAGUCAGUCAGAGUGAACCAGAACUAACUGACCAUGUCUUUCUACCCUUCUGUCCUUACAGGUGCUGUCGUUCCCUGAGUUCUCCUCUUCCUCUGUUUUCCAGAUGCCCAGCUCCUCGUUGCGGGACCCACAGGCUCCGCCUCUCCUCUUGACAUCACCAACCCCAGAGUAUCCACCUGAGGAUGCCUCACCCUCAGCCCACACUUCCGCCUCCCUCAUAAAGGCCAUCAGGGAGGAGCUUCGACGUCUAGCCCAGAAACAGGCUGCGGUGACCAGCUACCCUUAG